UCCAUGGCGGGACAUCUGAAGAAGCAGUUUAAAGACGCGGUCAAGAUCCUCAGCUCAGGGAGCCUUCUGCUUGCCUCCUACCUGACCGUGGUUGGAGAUGAGCGUUUCUAUGCCAACCAACUUAUGCCCCUGCUGCAGAGGGUUGUGGGGGCAGAGAUGGCACAUGUGUUGGCAGUGAAGAUGAUCGGUCUGGGUCUGGUUCCUCUGAAUCGCUACCAGGACCCUGCGUCAUUGGAAGUGAACGUCUUGGGAUUAAAGUUCAAAAACCCUAUUGGCAUUGCGGCGGGCUUCGACAAGCACGGGGAGGCUGUGGACGGUUUGUACAAGAUGGGUUUUGGUUUUGUCGAAGUGGGAUCGAUCACGCCCAAACCUCAGGAGGGGAACCCCAAGCCUCGUGUGUUUCGACUCCCUGCAGAUCAGGCUGUUGUUAACAGAUAUGGAUUCAACAGCUGUGGUUUGGCAGAAGUGCAGCAGAGGCUGAAAGCUCGGGAAGAAGCCCAGCAAGAGCAAAGUAAAGCUGGCCUUCCCCUGGGCAUCAACCUGGGGAAGAACAAACUGUCCCAGGACGCCGGGGCAGAUUACUUGGAGGGGGUGAGAAUGCUGGGCCCUCUGGCUGACUACCUGGUGGUAAACGUCAGCAGCCCUAAUACGCCUGGUCUGCGGGAUCUGCAGGGGAAGGCUGAGCUCCACCAGCUCCUGAACACGGUGUUGAAGGAGCGUGAUGCCCUGCAGGGAAAACACAAACCUCCGGUCCUGGUGAAGAUCGCUCCUGACCUCACAGCGCAGGACAAACAAGACAUUGCCGCUGUUGUCACUGAGCUGGGUGUUGACGGUUUAAUGGUUUCCAACACCACGGUGUCCAGGCCCGAGACGCUCCAGGAUCCACACAAGUCUGAGGUUGGUGGGCUCAGUGGCCAGCCGCUCAAAGACCUCUCUACCAGCACUGUGAGAGAGAUGUACAACCUCACUAAAGGUAAAAUACCAAUUGUGGGAAUUGGUGGUGUGGCCAGUGGGCAGGAUGCUAUGGAUAAGAUCCGUGCUGGUGCUUCAUUGGUUCAGCUCUACACUGCUUUGACCUAUCAGGGUCCACCUAUAGUGUCAAAGAUCAAGCGAGAAUUGGAGCAACUUCUGAAAGAGGAAGGCUUCAGCAGCGUAUCGGAGGCAGUUGGAGCAGAUCAUCGAGAAGCAGGCGGCUCGACUCAUAAACAGAACCUGCUGACAGACACAGACACUCAGGCCUUAGCAGCACCUGAAGCUGCCAACUCCUCCAACUAAGAAGCAUGAUCAUCGACGUCGUCAGGAAUGAGAUGAAUGCUGAGUAUUUGUGUUCGUCCAUGCUUCUUGAUGUACAGGCUGGAAGCGACAGUCAGGUUUUUACCAUAUUUUCAUUAUUUGUUGUGAGGAGUGCAAACAGUAAAUGCACCAAACCUCAGCUAAUCCGUUACCUGAAAGUUAUAAAGUGAAUAAUGCUUAAUGAUGGUGCUUCGGUACAAGCAGAAGUCUGUUUGUAACUUUAUUUCAGGCUUUCAUCCUUUUGUUACAGUGUAACAGCAGCAAGUAUUUCUCAAUCUGUACGGAGACCAAAGUGCCUGAAUUUUUCAAACACUUGGUCUCGAAACUCAUUUUUAACGACGGAUACAAGUCAUUUUCUUGUGUGUAGAGACAAUAAUCUGACAUGAUGAUAUACAGAUACAACAGUUUGUUUGUUUGUUUGUUUGAGGAAUUAUCCAAUGCAGAAGUUGAAACACCUUCAAAUGUUGAUAUUGUAUUAUUUACAAUCCAAAAAUAAAUGUAAUUAUAUUCAUAAAUGAAUGGAUACGAUGACAAAAAAAGACAUAUUAAAGUUGC